AUGGACUCGCCCACAGACCUCCUGCAUCACCACAAGAAAGCUUUCCACGGCAAGCGAUCCUCAGGGAAACACCCCCAGAUCGAUUCGCCAACCUCGGAGGAGGACAACGAUCCGCUCACAGACGACGCUGCAUCCGCCAUGUCUGUCCCUGCUCCAUCCACCCAGAAGGCCCCUCGUGCGGCCAACCAUUCGUCACAUCCCGCCAAGCCGUCACGCGUCCGGCACCAACUCGCAUCUAGCAGUCUCCUAUCCGACGAUGGCAAUGAUUCUCAGACGUACGACGGCGACGUCGAGUCCAUAAGGACCAUGGCACCCAGUGGGCAGAAUACCUCCAAGAAUUUCCUAUACACCAAUCCUCAGCUCUCCUCUUCAGCGUCCACGCUCACGUCUCAGCCGGAAGAAGCGCCGACUUCAUCGCCUGAGACGACAGCCCCAAUUCCCCUUGUCGCCCCAAACAUCACAAUCUCAGCCUCAGCUCCUGUCCCAAGCGAGCCCAAGCCAUCAGAAGAUGCGGAGAAGGCAUUCAACCCCGCCUCUUUGACCCCCGAAGACAUCCAGAGCUUUGUCCAACGUGCAAUUAAGGGGGAAGCAACGAGAAAGUAUCACAUCAACAAGCCCCCAGCCGAUCGUCCAGUGCGCAUAUAUGCAGAUGGUGUCUAUGACCUAUUCCACUUUGGUCAUGCCCUUCAACUGCGGCAGGCAAAAUUAUCUUUCCCCAAUGUUUAUUUGCUUGUCGGCGUCAACACCGACGAGGAUGUACACUCGAACAAGGCUCGCUGUGUGAUGGACCAUGCCGAACGUUGCGAAGCAGUCCGGCAUUGCAGAUGGGUUGAUGAAGUCAUCCCUGACUGCCCUUGGGUACUGGACGCCGCUUUCCUCGACAAGUGGCAAAUAGAUUACGUUGCACACGACGAAGACCCAUACGUUUCGCCCACUCAUGACGAUGUGUACAGCUUCGUCAAAGCCCAAGGACGAUUCAUCCCAACGCGCCGAACACCUGGAGUGUCAACGUCCGACCUUUUGGAAAGGAUUGUUUCGGGUUACCGCAGACGGGACUUUGACAAGAAGCUAGAGAAGAUGGGCCAUGCCGAGCUCAAGGCAGAAGGUUCUGAUUACGAAGACAAGGGCAUGAGUAGCCGAAGCAGGAGCGCGUCGCCCCCGCAAAGGUAGUAAAUCAUUGUACAUGUACUCAUAUUACGAUAUUAUCUAGACUAGCACUGUGUUGGUACAGUUUAUUACAGGGCUUCUUCAUGAGACCAACAAAUGAACAAUUACUCCGCCUUGAUCUUCUUGGACGGUGUCUUUUCGGCUUCAUCUGGUACAGGUGACUCUCGUUUACGCUUCUCAGUGGUUUUGGUCGGGCUGCUAUGCUCUUUCUUCUCCUGCUUCACUCGCUGCUUCUGAAACAUUGCCGCGAUGCCAUCUUUGCGCUCUGCGACGGGUUCGAUGAACUUGGGUGACUCGGUACCUACUUUCCCCACUUCCUUGGGGACUUGGUAACUGGCGAUGUGUUGUCAGUACUGGGGAAACGAACGGAAGGAAGAAGCUGAUACCAUUGCAACGGGUGCUUCUGGUCGUAUGGUCUCAGGAGUUUAUCCAAGUCACUCGACCAUUUCUGUGAUGAAGUGUCAAGCCAUUGCUUGAUAGCAUCCUCUGAGGUCAAUAUGACCGGUUGUCGAUCGUGCAGCCAGCUAAGCUCCUUGCAAGCGUCGGUGGUCACAAUGACAAAGGUCCAGUUAACCUUGCCGUCCUCUAAGAUGUUUACUGUUAAGACUCGAGAAAAAGGCAUAGAAUUGCUCCACCUGUCUUGACGUGUUCAUAAAGACCGGCCAGGAGAGUGAUGUCUUGGUCCUUGACCUUGGUAAAAUGGGGGAUGCGAUCCUUUCCCUUGACUUUCCACUCGUAAUAGCUGUGCUCUCGCAGAAAUUCGAUAGUGUAAGAGC